CAUGGUCAUGGCAUUAAUGUGUCACAACACUGACCUGUAUGUCUGCGUGCAUCUGAAUGUUUAAAGAUGGCUUUGACGAACAAAAUAAAAAUCGUGAACGUCCAGCCGGACCAGUUCGAGCGGGGUAUCUCGCAGGCGCUCGCCGAGCUGCAGGCCAGCAGCGAGCUAAAAACGUCGCUUCGCGAUUUGUACAUCACGAAAGCUAAGGAGUUCGAUCUGGGCACUAAAAAGGCGAUCAUUGUGUACGUGCCGAUGCCGAAACUCGAGGAGUUUCGGCGCAUCCACCCCCGACUCGUGAGAGAGCUGGAUAAGAGGUACUCCGGUAGACACGUCGUGAUCGUUGGGGAGCGCAGGAUCUUACCGAAACAGACGAGAAAGACGAGCAGUGCCAACAAGCAGAAGAGGCCAAGGAGCCGAACGCUCACCGCCGUCUACGACGCAAUCCUCGAGGAUCUUGUUCACCCCGCGGAGAUCGUGGGCAAAAGGAACCGCGUCAAGCUCGACGGCUCGCAACUCAUCAAAGUGUACUUGGACAAGAGGCAGCAAACCAACGUUGAACACAAAGUCGAUACGUAUGCUUCGGUGUACAAAAAGUUGACCGGACAAAAUGUCUCUUUUGAAUUCCCAGAAUCUCAUUAGAUGUUUCUGUCAAUA